CGGCUAACUAGCUGCUAAUACUACUUAGGUAGCUACUUACAGUCCUGCUCACAAGUAGUCUGGCACGUACACCGCUUCUCUGCUCACCUUGACGGUCGUCUCUCGUCUUAAACGAAUCAUGUCUAUCCUGAAGAUUCAUGCCCGGGAGAUCUUUGACUCCAGAGGGAAUCCUACUGUGGAAGUUGACCUCUUCACUGACCGAGGUCUUUUCCGAGCUGCUGUCCCUAGCGGAGCAUCAACUGGCAUCUAUGAAGCUCUGGAGCUUCGCGACAAUGACAAGAGCCGCUACUUGGGCAAGGGUGUUUCACAGGCAGUUGAGCAUGUCAAUCAGUCUAUUGGGCCUUAUCUUGUCGAGCAGGGAGUGUCUGUGGUGGAGCAGGAGAAGAUCGACCAGAUGAUGCUGGACUUGGAUGGAACCGAAAAUAAGUCCAAGUUUGGGGCAAAUGCCAUCCUUGGGGUCUCCCUGGCUGUGUGUAAGGCUGGUGCUGCAGAGAAGGGUGUCCCCUUGUACAGACACAUCGCUGACCUGGCUGGAAAUCCAGAGGUCAUUUUGCCUGUGCCGGCCUUCAAUGUAAUCAAUGGAGGAUCCCAUGCUGGCAACAAGCUGGCCAUGCAAGAGUUCAUGAUCUUGCCUGUAGGGGCCAGCAGCUUCAAAGAAGCUAUGCGCAUCGGUGCUGAGGUCUACCACAACCUGAGGAGCGUGAUCAAGUCCAAGUAUGGCCAGGAUGCUACCAAUGUGGGGGAUGAGGGAGGAUUUGCCCCAAACAUCCUGGAGAACAAAGAAGCACUUGAGCUUCUGAGGAACGCCAUCAGCAAGGCUGGCUACACUGAUGAGAUUGUCAUCGGAAUGGACGUGGCUGCGUCUGAGUUCUACAGGGAUGGGAAGUAUGAUCUGGACUUCAAGUCUCCCGAUGACCCUAGCCGUUACAUCACCCCUGAUGAGCUGGCUGACCUCUACAAAAGCUUUGUGCAGGAUUACCCAGUGAUGUCCAUUGAAGACCCAUUUGACCAGGAUGACUGGGCUGCCUGGUCCAACUUGACGGGCACCACUGACAUUCAGAUAGUGGGAGACGACCUGACUGUCACCAACCCAAAGCGCAUUGCCAAGGCUGUAGAGGAGAAGGCUUGUAACUGCCUUUUGCUUAAAGUCAACCAGAUCGGCACCGUCACCGAGUCCAUGCAGGCUUGUAAGAUGGCGCAGUCCAGUGGCUGGGGGGUGAUGGUCAGCCAUCGUUCUGGAGAGACCGAGGACACCUUUAUUGCUGACUUGGUGGUUGGCCUCUGCACGGGCCAGAUUAAGACCGGUGCUCCUUGCCGUUCAGAGCGUCUGGCCAAAUACAACCAGAUUCUCAGAAUUGAGGAAGAACUGGGGGACAAGGCCCGCUUUGCUGGAAAAAACUUCAGAAACCCUCUGGUCUAAAUGCAGGAUGAUCUCUUGUAAAACUGUAAUAACCUCAGUGUAGAACGUGGGACUUUGUAGUACUGACCAUGUGUUAUAGCACUUUUAUCAGUCAUUAUGGCAGUGUGUGACUACUAGAACUUCAGACUGAUUAGUAUCAACUCAGCCAUUUGGUGUAUAACCACUGCUGCAAUUAGGCCAUUGCCUUUGGUUCAUUGUUGUGGGCCCAGGAUAUGUGCUAGUGAUGCAAUGAAUGUAAUAAAUAAUCAAUUAUAUUGUAUUUUGAUAUAAAAUAAAUGUAUUGUGUACACUAUAAGUAAUACUGUGGAAAUUAAAAUAUUGGCUAGUGUAUGACCUGUGGCACUGGGUUUGAUUGGCUGAAUAAAACGUCCUUAUGGAACUGUCA